UGAAGUCUCUCCUUGGUUCAGAAUUUUUCUUUAUUUUUUAGGUGGCAAAUCUCGUCUUUGACUUGUGUAAAUGCAAAUCUGUAGAUACGUUCCGCGUUGUGUCAGUGGCGUGCAUGGGAGCAGAGGUUGUCUUGGAUGCUGCUCAGAACCUCCGAAUAAAGCAUCUAAAGGACUAGGAACUCAAGAAGAUCAAACAGUUAAUAAAGACAAUGGUUCAGAAGAUUUCUGGAGCAGCAGCACAUUUGAAAUGGAUCAUAGUGCAGCUCAAUCCCAGAGAAGCAUCUCGUCAACUGGAAUAUCAAAUAAUCCUUCUGAUCCUCAAAGUAGUGCAGACAGUCAAAUUGGUCCUCCUGAAUUUGUCAACCAUGGUCUUCUUCUCUGGAACCAGAUAAGGCAACAAUGGGUUGGAAACAAAAGGUCUAAGACUCAGACAGGAGUUAGAGAACCAAAAAUAAGUUCAAAUGUCACCUACGACAAUCUACUUGGGAACAACAAGCCCUUUCCCCAACCCAUCCCUCUCGGAGAAAUGAUUGACUUUCUUGUUGAUAUUUGGGAUCAAGAGGGUCUGUAUUACUGAUCAAACAAAAUAGGCAUUUUUUUUUCAUGGAUUUUACGGGAGAGGUGAGGUGGAAUUUGUUCAUUGUCCUACUGGAUUAGUUGUGAAUGGUUCUUUCAACUUUUUUUUAUUUUUUUCAUAAUUCUAAAUGAAUUAGAUUAGAUUAAUUGUAUAAUUCUUCCUAGUUUUUUUCACUGGGGGUGAUAUCAUCUGCUGCAAAGGGAUAAUUUCAAGCUUCAGCUGCUGCAAGUUUCUGACUCAAACGCUGAUAUUUGAGAGGUGAUGUUAUUGUCAUUAGUGACACGAGAAAUUUAAUGAAAGUGAACAUGAAUGUAAUGUAAAUAUA